AUGACACCCCGUCCAAUGCUCGAUCUCCCUGUGGAGCUGGUCCAUACGAUAUUAUCGUAUCUCCCCAAUAGCGAUAUCAAGUCCCUCCGCCUUGUCUCUAAGCAAUACUGCGAUUCGGUGCAGCUCCGACUCUCCAGAGUGUUCUUGUCAGCCAAUCCUCUCAACAUCAAAAUCUUUCGCGCCGUUGCAGAUCACGAGGAAUUUCGCCACCAUAUAACGGAAAUCAUCUGGGAUGAUGCACGGCUUUCCCACAGCGGUAACGAUAUUAUCCAUCCCGAGCAGGGCAUCUGGUUACCAAACACCGAUAUAAGUGACAAUGAGAUUGAUGAGUUCAACGAGGAAGAAGACUGGGACAAAGGCUUGGAAGAUUUAUAUUUUCGAGAGGAGGACUAUGAUCGUGUUCAUCUCGUGAUACGAAGUAGGAGAUUCAAGAGGCAAAGGUGCCCCCACUGGUACAAGGCUGCAUGUAAGCAAUCUCUAGAGCGUACGAUUGAACGGCGCUCAGGGAGUUCCCUUUUACCUGCGGAAUGUCCCAGUAUACAAGACCUGUGUGAAGUUGGGCCCUCAUUGGGCGAGUGUUGGGAAUAUUAUCGCCAAUUAGUCAAAAAACAAGAUGAUGUUCUUGCUGGAGGCUAUGACGAAGAGGCGUUUGUGUAUGGACUCGAAAAGUUUACCGCACUGAGAAGAGUCACAGUGACCCCGAGUACCCACAACCUGCUCUUUGGUCCAUUUUACCAAACUCCGAUGAUUCGAGCUUUUCCACCUGGGUUUUUCUAUCCUAUCCCCUUUGGAUGGCCAACGUCCCUUACAGAAGAGCCAGAAGAUGUACCCGCAUUCCCUGGCAAGCUGUUGAUGAAAGGCAAAGAGAAAAAUACCGUGGAUUCCGCAUUGCGAUACGUGCACUUGCCCAACAUAAACACGAUGAUAUUCGAAGAUCCUUGUCCGGAAUACGAUAAUUUCGUCGAGGUUCUUAAGCACCCAGGAUUCCGGCGCCUAGAUCUUCCUCUCAUAUUUGGUGGAACCGGGUCCGAACCUAGGUGGCAAUCUUUCAGAAACGGAAAACUUCGUGCCGCACUAAGUGAAGCGGGUGAUCUAGAAGAGUUCAGCUUCUAUACCGCUGGACUGGAUGGUUACUUUGAAGGCGACGAGCCACCGAUUAGCACUGUACCUGUUCUCCUAGAGAGUAUGUUUCCUCUUGAUAAAUGGCACAAACUUCGCCACUUCGAGUUAUCACGAUUCAUUGUCAGCCAGACCAAUGUUAUCUCAUGCCUUUCAAAAUUGCCAGAUACGGUAGUUUCCGUCAAGCUAAGCCUCCUGGUAUUCAUUGAUGGUGAAUAUUCGUGGCAUGUCUUCUUAGAAGAGAUGCGCAAGCAAAUACAGGAAAAGACCCUGUGGCCCAAUAGCCGACCCAAUGUUAUUAUUGGUACUGAGAAGGAUAUGUGUGGUAACGGUGAAGUUAUCUGGUUUGAAAAGGAGAUACAUGCUUUCUUAUACGAUGACGCAGAGAAUCCAUUUGAGUCCCCGCCAGACAUCGGCCCUAAAUUUAAAUGGGGGACAUGGAAGGAUGCACUUGAUCCAUAUUCAGUUUGA